AUGGAUGUGGCCUCUGCGACACCAAGUGCCGUCAUCCGAUUGCAGAUUCUGGAGGCCAAGGGCCUGGCCGAUUGCAAGAACCCAUACUGCGUGGUCCGUCUCGGCGAUAAGAUCGAAAGAUCUGGCGUUGGCUCGGCAGGUUCGCACCCUGCCUGGGGGGCGGCGGAGGGAUCAGUGACUGUGACUUGGGAUGCAGAAGACUUUCUGGAAAUCACCAUCCGAGAGAAGGGCUCCGCGCUUUGGUCGGAGGACUCAAAGGUUGGAACUGCGCACGUGAAUGUCUCUGCUUUGGCACGCCUGGCGCACUUCCGUGGGUCUCUACAGGUCUUCCGCCGUGGGACUGAGAAGGCUGGUGAGCUGGCGGUCGACCUCCUGGCAAAGGAGGUAUCGCCGAUGGGUCCUGCGAAGCUCCUGCAGCCUGCUUUGGUGAAAGUCCACAGCAAUGGACUGAUGGGGGCCGUGGCAGCCGUUGCAGACUUUGAAGCGCUGGACAUCUUCAAGACGUACCACGUUGUGCUGUGGGCUACCUCGGAGAAGUUCGGCGACAUGUUCAACUCCAACUGGGAUGAGGAGCACAAGAAGCUGUUCAAGGAUCCGCUGAAGAAGGUGGUGCAGGCUGAGCACGCAUCACUUUACAGCGAUGGAGUUUGUCCGCAUUUCACUUACUGGGGCGGGAAGCGCAAUGAGAGAGCAACGCUGGGAAGAGGUAAUGACUUUUUGUCACUGCUGGGGAAUGGAGUUCGCAAGGGACGGAGGCGCGUAUACACAUAUGUGGUGCUGGACGAAGGGAUGUUCUUUUCAGAGACAGGUGCAAACAUCGCAAAAGACUUCUUCAGCAAGCAUGCUGUGCAUGCAAAUGCAUCUCCGGAGGUUCGCAUGGCGGGAACAUUCCGCAUCUGCGAGACGCCAGAACGCGCGCUAAUCCUUUUCCUGGACAAUGACUCCGGCACCUAUCGUCCGUCCUCGGAGCACUUGCCCAUCCUCAAAGAAGUGCUGGAGCUGAACUUCCCCGGACUCCUGGUCAGAGUUCUGGAUGUUACCCAGCCGCAGCCGCAGGACAUCCUGGACUUCGCCGGUCCCAACGAGACCAAGGGGUCGAAAGGCUGCGUCUAUGCUGGCCAGUGGAAGUGGAAAGUGGAGUCCGAAGACGAGCUGCAGGCGAGCUCUCUCCAGGCGGCGGCCAGUGUUUGGGAGUGGAGAAACCGGAAUGGCUGGCAGCGCUACCUGCCGGAGGAUGAAUGUUUGCUAGACCAGCUGCAAGUCGAGAGCAAAGGACAGCAAGCGGAGACGUCUGCGCAACUUUGGAAGCAAUGUGGACCUUUUCAGGAAAUCCUAGACGGAAUAUGGGCUGUUUCACAAAAACUUAACCACCGUGACCGUCGCUGA